UCACAGGGUUCGGAUUUAUUUUUUUAUGAAGCCCGACGUACCUCAGCCUCCGUAUAUACGCCUGUCUUGACUGCCGGGUUCCACACCGAGCCACACUGUACAUACGUUGUCGUCAAAUUCGCCCUCCUGCAAAGAUAGGCACGCGAAGCAACCGACGCUGCGAUCCAGUUUGGGGGACGUCAUCUUUCUAUGCGAGGAGUUCGUUGACCGGCCGGGCCUUGCGUUGUAUUAUAAUUGUACCACCAGCCGCCUAGUUCGACUAUAACGACAUUCCAAAGACUCCCAGAUGUCUCAAGCAACAAGAGAACUGAAGAUCUACCGGAAAGAUGCCAAGAGUAACCAUAAUCUGUUAACGCCGUCGGAACGAGAGAAACUCAUAGCUCCAUAUCUUCCGGAGCCACCUUCACGAUCAAAGUCGGGCAACGGGGAGUCAGAUGAACGAACGCUUCGUAACCAGCCGAGACCGAUAAUUGGCGUGCGGAAGUUCCUCAAAAAUCAACUACAUGUCCUCGUGUUUGCAAUUAUACAUACUAUUUUCUCUAUAUACAUACGGCUUCGACAAGCAUAUCAUACUGUCAGGGAUCGAACCUUCGCUGUUCUCUACUACCACCACCGGACGCCUGCGCUCAUUCAGAAGGAUGUGAAGGGGCUGAAGAGAUUACCGGAACACUUGAGUGUGAUACUGAAGCUUGAGGAAGGAAAGGGGGGUGCUGCGCUUGAGACUCUCUUGGAUGAAGUGGCUGAGGUUUGCGCGUGGUGCGCAUGUGUCGGAAUUCCCAUGCUCUCAAUCUACGAGAGGACAGGCGUCCUAAAAGGAUACAUUCCAACAACCCACAGAGCCGUCACUCGAAAGCUUUCGUCGUAUUUCGGUCGCCAACACCCUGCACUGUCUAUCCGUGCGCCGCACAUUCCAUCCAUGGAGUCCUCCCCGACUACGCCACCAAGCGAUGUCGAUGUCCCGGUAUCCCUAGGUCAACUCUCGGUACUCUUGAUCUCCGAAGAGGACGGCGAAGACUCCAUUGUCGACUUGACCAAGACUCUUACCGAGAUGUCUCAACGAUCAAAGAUCACACCGAAGGAUAUCACCGUCGACUUGGUUGAUGCCGAGCUUUCCGAGAGUGUCAUGAGCGGACCGGAACUCCUCAUUUUGUUCGGACCAACGAUUGAACUCGACGGCUACCCACCGUGGCAGAUCAGCCUCAGCGAAAUCUACAAUGUGCAGGAUAACCAAGGAGUUGGAUACCAAGUGUUUCUCCGCGCCUUGUAUAAUUACGCAAAUGCGCAGAUGCGUUUUGGCAGAUAGAUAAUAAACAUACGGGCAAUAUUACGCCCCUUUCUUGUCCUCCCCGGCCCUUCCUGGCCAGACUGUCGUGUUCCUGGCCUCCUGGUCUAAUCUCAUUUAUACACGGGCCCAGAGCAAACGUUGUAGCUGUAGCUGUAUUAAUUAGCGGUGCCUCCCUUUGACCAGGACCUUCCUAGACGCAAAACUCUGUUGACUAGUUGGCGCACCACCCUUCACUGCUUUGUCACUAUUGCCAGUAGUUUCAGGGAAUCGAACGACUGCUGUGAUAGCCUAGCUGUGGUAGCCUAGCUGUGGUUUCUCACCUUGUCACGUGUGGGUGCCUAGUAGAAUCUGGGUGCUCUCCUGCCCCAUACGCCUCAUGAUUCCCAGUGGCUUAGAUUCCGCGCUAUCUCAGGGGCCUCUGCAUAUGUAGCGCCAACCUUUAAGAACUGAG